AGUAGUUUAACUUUGAAAACACUUUUUAUAGGAUUUCUUAGAACUUAGAAAUCCCCUGCUUCUACCUUGACAUAGGCCUUGGUGACUGGGAUCUUCAAUACGUUAUCAAAGCUACUUAAAAAUUGUCAAUGUUUUUAAACUUUUUAUGAUCUAUGUUAUUGCCUCUUCGAGCCAGUAACAGGCUCAAUAAAGUAGAUGAACAGUGCCAUGCAAGUACAUCAGAUUGACUAUAUGCAAAUACCAGGUUUUCCGAGCCACUCACCAGAGAAAAGGUAAGUAUACCUCACCAUGUGGAUCAAGUAAGUCAAGGUCCAAUGCGCACAAUUAGAUCAGAAACGUGUAAAGUUUGAAGGCUUGUCGGACAGCAGGCAUGGAAGAUCUAAAUUGUUUUAGAAGUACGGUCGGUCUAGCAUCCCCAGAGUAAAGCUGUAAACCUUUUUUUAAAUUAUGUUAACUUUUAAAUUAUGUUACUAUAUUUAGGAGUGUCCUAGGACCCUGAUGCAUUUGAGCAUAAACACUUAUAGUUUUAUUAUCACGUUACCGUGGGGAAUACUUAUUUAGGGUCUAUUCACACGUACAGUAUUCUGCACAGAUUUAAUGCGCAGGAUUUUAAGCUUUUAUAAGUUUACAUUGAAAUCUGCAGAAGAAAAUCCUGCGCAUCAAAUCUGCGCAGAAUAUUGUACGUGUGAAUAGACCAUUAAGGUUUCCAUAAUGAGAGUACCACCUUGAUCCAUUUUCAUAUGAUUCAUUAUUAUAAAUGCCCAGCUCACAUUUUAAUCAUAAUUAUUCAUUGUCUGUAGUGAAAUGUUUUCAAAGACAAAUAUGCAGUUCCAACAUAUAGCAUUAGAAUUGUAAAGCCUUUAAAACAAUCUAUAAAAUGGCUUUAGUCUUAAAGUGUACCUGUCGUCAACAAAAACUUUUUAUAUAAUGUAGAGAAUACCAUUAUAAGUAUAUUUGUAAUAUACAUUGGCUAAAAAUUGUGUAUAUUUUUUGGGUGAAAAAAAUGCUGUCCCUGCAAAUUUAAAAAUAGUCCCCUAAAUGAAACUAUCAAAUCUACUAUUUUUACAAAUUGGCAUUUGCUCCAAUCAGAUGUGGACUUUGCGGAAACAGCCACUAAUAGACCUAUAAUGAUAUUCAUAAGAAAUAAUACCAUUCAAGAUGUUUUGAGAAAAAUGAAAAAUCAUAACGGAUCGAAAAACAUGAUACCUGGCUUAUAAAAAAAUUCCCCAAAGGAAAUAAAAAUGUGGUGCAUGCAAUUUUUGUAAGUACAACAGUAAUUCCAAUAGUGGCAACCUGGGAGGCAAGGAAUAUGUUGUGAAUGAGUUGAUAACUUGUAAAAGUACCUUUGUAGUAUAUUUCAUGCAAUGUAGUUGCCAUAGGUUAUAUGUAGGUGGAGGUUCCCCGAUAUUUGUACAACACAUGCAGGAAUUCCACGGAGGUAACUACGAGCAACAUAGAUUUGGAGGUUUGGAACGCAUUACUAACUGCCAUAAUAGAAGUCGUUCAUUGCUUCAAGCCGAAGCCUGUUGGAUUCUAUGUUUAGAAGACCAGGGCCCAUUAGGUCUGAACGACAGGUUAGACAUGUCUCCGUUCCUCUAAUUUUUUUUUAAUUUUUUCUAUUUUCAUUAAAUUUUUUGCUUAAGUUUGUCCGCCGUAAACCCUUAAUCAUAUUUUGAAUAUUAGCUAGCUAUUGUUAUUUUGAAUUGAAGCUCUAUUUUGUUUUCUAAAUGCACAUGUGAUGCACGUCUCCUGAUCACAUGAUCACUACCUUGCACUAUAUCUUUCUGCAUAGGGCGAUGACGUUAACGAGGCCAGAAGAAGCGCAUAAUCUCUGUGAGUGAAACCACCGGCGGUCGCCUCUGAGCGCCCAAUGCCAAGCACACCUGCCAGUCGGAUGGAAUACUCUUGAGAGGAGCCGGACGUAUUGAACCCACGCGACUCAAAAGUAAAAUGUUGGUUAAAGUGGUAACCAUCACUCUUAUGUGCACCAUGGCAGGUGCUCUAGGCAAUGUGGACGAUAACAUGCUGGCUGAUGCUUUCUUGACUUACUUUGACCAGCCAAGCAGCAGCACCAAGGACAGCAGCACCUCACAGGUCCAGGUGUCGGACUUCAGCAGUCUUCUAAACAAUGCGCUAAGACUGGAUGAUAAAAGUGUAAAUGAAGAACUACUGAACAAGGUCUCCUUCUUUGCCAAAGCGAUCUAUGAACAGGCGACAAAGGACACUGAGAAACUCCAAUUGGAGUUUGAAGAGCUGACGAUCAAACUCUCCCCAUAUUCAGAAGAGGUAACCAAGCUGUUCAGUAAGACCACAUCUGAGAUGGAAAUUACACUUACUCCUUAUGCUAAGGAGCUUCAAUCUCAGGUAGAAAGUAUAACGGUGGAAUUUGUCAAAAAGCUAAGAAGUAUAAAUUUCGACUUAAACAGUGAUUCUGCUAGUAUGAAGGUAGCGUUGGCAUUGUACUCCCAAAUACUAGAAGCUAAAAUGGCAGAGUGUCUGAAUGCGCUGAGAAACCUGAUACAAACAUGCACUGAAAAGGUGAAAGAGAAGAUAGAUCUGCAAGUUGUAUCCUUGUAUCAAAGUCUUUCUCCUUUUGCGGAAGGUAUGCAGGAUACUUUAAGGAAGCACAUGGAGACCCUGAGCUUUUUGAUGAAGAAAAAUGUCAUGUUAAUUGGGAGUAAGAUCCUGGAGACCACAGCCAUGCUGGAGAAGCAAGUUAUUCUCUGUUCCAGUCUGCUCAAGGAGAAAAAUAGUCUGCUCUUCGGGAAUGUAAGAAGGACACUAGCAUUGUGUCUGUUUGAUAUCAGCCAGAAGAUCAAUGUGUUUAAAGACUUGGUGACCCCCUAUAGAGAAGCUCUCACUAAGUCAGUCCUGCUUCGCCUUGAGAACAUUAAAAAACAGCUCGGGGGGACUGUAGCAGUGAGUCUGCAAGACAAGAAAGAUUACCUGGAAAAGAAUCUAUUUGACAAGAUCACUGACCUUUUAAAUAGUACCCUACUGACAACUGUGUCCAAAACAUAUACCGAGUGAGAGCCCAACCUUUACUGGGCACACCAAUAACGCUAAACCGCAAUAUACUUAGGGACCAGGCACACUACAGAUGUUUUGCUCUCUGCACAUUUUGGAAGUUCUGUAGCUAAACUUUCAAUGUGGAAUUCAAUGUGGAUAAUAGAUCUUAUCCCCUAUCCAAAAGGUACCCCUAUUCACUGGGACCCCCCCCCCUCCCCCUGUGAUCUCCAUGCAGCACCCGCAUUCAACGCGGGGCUGUGUCUCCAGUCCCCUCUUUGUUUCCGGGACUGGAGAUGUGACAUCACGCCACGCCCUCUGGUGAAGUCAUGACCCCCUCCUUUUUUAUGUCUAUGGGAGGGGGCGUGGCAACUGUCACGCCCCCUCCCAUAGACAUGAAUGGAGGGGUGUGGCGUGAAUCACGUCUCCAGUCACAGAAACAAAGAGGUUUCUGAGACUAGGGACCCAGCCCUGCAUAGAAUGCGGGUGCAGCAUGGAGAUCACGGGGGGUCCCAGCGGUGGGCCCAUCCGCGAUCAGACAUCUUAUCCCCUACCCUUUGCAUACACAAUACAUAAGAUGUAUUUGGACGGAAUACCCCUUUAAAUUCUGCCACAUGUUCAUUCUUUAGACAGAAUCUGCCCAUUAGUUAAUGGGUCUUUAAAUUUCAAUGCUUAUUUCUCCAGCAAAUCCUGUGAAAAAUAAGCCCUAAAUCCCCUUUGGUCUUGCUGGCUGCAGAUUCCGAGAGUAAAUUCAGCAAAUAAAUUUUGUAGUGUGCAUGGGCCCUUACAGAACAAUUUUAUAAUAAAGGUUCACACAUUUAAUACAGGGGCUUAGCACAGGUGGAGGAACUAGUGAGGUAUGUGCCCACAGGCCGCUAGGUGGCUACAAGCAAAUCUGCCUUAGCCAGAGUUUAUUGAUACAUAAAAUAGGCAUCCAGCAGAAUGCUAUUGCUUUGCUUUGAAAUAUAUAUACACUUUUAAAACUUAUUCCUAAAAAAAAAAAAUUCUGAUAUAGUGUUCCAAUCCCCUACAUAAACAAUAAAUAAUACAACUCGGGCUGCUUGCAGCUGCCACUAGAGGGAGCUUAAGAGCUAACUGCAUACUAUUUAUAUAUUGUGCUCCUUAAUAUUACAGUAUGCAGGAAGACCCUUUACUCCCCCUAGUGGUAGCUGCGGACAGCCAAAAUUGUAUUUUUCAGCUCGGGGUCUAUGAGGAAAUAUAGAGCUCUGUGCAGGCCUCUGGCUGCUAUAAGGUAUUAAAAAAUGUAUCUGAACAGAAUAUAAACCUUAAAAAAAUUACAUGUACCUUACUUGUUAACAAACAGACAUAAUAGGGAAACACUGUUAUAGUCUGUUGUAUUCACUCUGAUAUACAGUAUACAGUAUAUAGAUCAAGUCAAUCUGGAUUAAUCAUUUGAAAUGUUUAAAGGUAUUUGUCAAUGAUUAGGCCCCCGGCAUGAGGACUAAGGAAGGAAAGAUAUAUAUUUAAUGUUCCAUCUAUUGUUCUAUAUUGUGUUAUAUUUUAUAUAAUCAUUUGUCAUCUGAGAUAACUUCUUAAUAAAGCUUUCUGGAAAUGAAUAUUCAUGUAUGCUUAUUAUGUGUAUGUUGCACAAUAUUCUUAUAGCUGUAGGAAGAGCUGUGUUACUGUACAACUUUACUUUAAAUACUUUUUUGCUCCACUGUAUGUACAUUAUUAGUCAGCCACCAAUUGUGUUAGUUCUUCCA